GCUAAACAUCGUACAUUCGGAGCUAGCUAGCAGCAGCCGAGAAAGAUGGCGCCACGCUACUGGUGGGCUCGUCCUCUGCUCCUCUCCUGCGCUCUCAUGGCGGCUCUCGCAGCAGGACCGACCGUGCUCGCGGAGGGCAUCGUCUUCCACGUCAAGAACAGGUGCCCGUUCCCGGUGUGGCCGGCGUCCGCGCCCAACACGGCCCACCCGGUCCUCGCCGGCGGCGGCUUCUUCCUCCCGCCCGGCAGGGCGAAGCGCGUCGCGGCGCCUGCGACCUGGACCGGCCGCUUCUGGGCCCGCACCGGAUGCAACUUCACCGCGAAUGGCAUGGGCGACGCCGCCGCGUGCCUCACCGGCGACUGCGAGGGCCGGCUCGCCUGCAACGGGUCUGUCGGCUCCCCUCCCGCCACGCUUGUCGAGGUGAUACUGCACGAGGACCAGAGCAAGGGGAGCUCCUACGACGUCAGCCUGGUGGACGGCUACAACCUCCCGGUGGCCGUGUCCACCAAGCUCGCCACCGGCGCGGGCUCAAAGUGCGCCAUCGCCGGCUGCGCCAAGGACGUGAACGCGGUGUGCCCGCCGGAGCUGCAGGUGACCGCUGCCGCCGGCGGCGGCGCCAGGACGGUGGUGGCAUGCAAGAGCGCGUGCCUGGCGUUCGGGCUGGACGCCUUCUGCUGCCGCGGUGCGUACGCGACGCCGGCCGCGUGCCGUGGCAGCGUGUACUCGCGGCUGUUCAAGGGCGCCUGCCCGGCAUACUACAGCUACGCGUACGACACAACCGCGGCCACGGCGAGCGGGUGCUACGCGCAGGAGUACGUGGUCACCUUCUGCCCCAACAGAUGGGGUGAAGAUCCAGCCGAUCGUGUGGCCCACAUUUGAUGUCAGAACGUAUGAGCACCUUCUGCAUGUACGUAAUGCUUGCAGGGCACCACAAGUAUCUUUUCACAUAGUAUUUAUGCCAAAUAAAAAAAGGGGUAAUGCAGGAUAUCUUAGAAAGCAAGAUUUCAAAACGUGAAAAUAAGAAAAAAAUUUGCAGGGCUAGGCAGAAAUUCAGAACACAAAAAGUUUCGAAAGAAGCAUUUAAUUGGAAGUUGGAACACAUGAAAUGGAUUUG